UGUCAUGUGACAUAGCGGCCAGUAGCUGACGCUGUCCGUGUGCUAAUCCGUCCAAUUGAUUCAACAACAGAGGGAGACAGGCGAUUAAAUGAUUCUUGGAGUUAAAGUUCAGGGUUGACACUUGUGUCACUGUUUGAAAUCCACCUCAAGCAUCCAAAACCUCUGCGCUCGUGCAAUAGAAAUACAGUGCCCGUAUGGACAUGCCGAGGUAUCGGUGGCCAGGUUUCAAGAUGCAGCUUCUGGCAGAACUGCAAAGACAACAAAAUGAAACCCAGUUCUGUGAUACAUUUUUGCAAACUGAAGGUAUCUCAGUCCCAGCCCACAGUUGCAUCCUUGCAGCUCUCAGUCCCUACCUGUCGCGGAAACUGUUGUCAUCCCCAUCUCCUCCGUCAGGCCAGAAGCAGCAGCUCCAGCUGCAAGCUGUGAAGGCCCAGACCCUGCUGAAGCUCGUUGGUCUUCUCUACUCUGGAGAGCUAGAAGUAACAGGGAGCAUGGAGCAGAAUGAUGUGCUAUCUGCAGCCCGCCAGUUUGGGAUCACAGAGCUUGUUGAAGGACAAUUGAAGGAGAUGAAGGGGGGAGACCCUCAGCAGAGGGUUUGUCAGAGUUGCAAAGAUAAAGAAGUAGAAGGCAGAGAGAGAAAUGAAAGGUGGGAAAUGCAGAAUGCAGGAGUACAGUCAGACAUUGCUGAAGCGAGCGCUGCAGAUUCUCUCACUGAAAAGAGAACCUCUGUAUCUACAGGCACACAAACUGUUCUAACCUGUAAAAAGGCUGUGAGCAGUUCUUUUAAUCACUCCAACCAAACCACAGCUUCAGAUCAAGAGCCUACAUCUUCUCUACCCCAGAGUACAAUGCAAACUCAAAACACAACACCUGACCAACAUUUUGGCUCGUCUUCUGUCCCACCCAUCUCCAGCAUACCUGGUGGGAGGUCAAGUGAUGAAACAUUUGCGUUGGAUGGAUCGUCUGACAGUCUAACAAACGCCAUUUCGACCUCAGCUCUGUGUAGUGAUGUCAUAACUUUCCCGUUUUCACUUACCAGUGACUCAGAUUCACUGACACUUCAGGAAUACAGCUUACAUCAGCAUUCUUCUGAGGGAGAAACAACCGGCAAUAUGACUGACAGUAGAGACAAUGAAGAGAACCAGAGCCCCCACACCCUAAGAGAUGUGAUGCUAGGAGUUGGAGGUGGACAAAGGCAAGAUCGUGCAAAUGCCAAGAUGCGAGGAAUGGCUCAGAUGAAGCAGAUGCGUCAGAUGGUGGAGGCUACACAGAUUUCUAUCAAGGUGAAGCUGAGGAGGAGGACCAAAGAAGAAGUGUGGGAGGUUGUAGACCGGCAAGGCAAAGAUGAGACGUUGGCGACUCUUAGUUCUCUGCAACAGGAUGACUCCAACCAGAAACAGCAACAGACCACCCCUUCAAAUGAUGGGUCUCCACCCUCGUCUACUCAGCCAGGUUCAAUUUCUACACUGAAAACCCAAGGUCUUCAACGUGCCUCCACUGAACCACGAUCACCUCACUCCAGCACCACCUCUUACACGCAGCUUCUGUCCAGUGACUGCUUCACACCAAACCAAAAUGAUAGACUCGAGUCGAUCCCAUUUCCUCUGCCUCCAGGGCCUGUCGAGGAAAAUGAUGAGCAGAUUGAGAAGCUGUUGGAGGACAUCAUGAUGGGUCUGAAUAUACUACCUGAUUUGGAAACAGAAACCAAGAAGUCCCAUCACCCUCAACCAAGCAAACACCAAGCACCUACACCCUACUGGAUCCAACAUACAGAGAAUGACGGAGUGCAGGGUCAGGUGCAUGCUGGUGUUGGAGCAGCAGGGUAUGGGUGCUACCAGGAUUUUGGUACCCAACUGUGUCUUUCUUCAACAGAUACAGAUCAGAGCUUGCCAAGCUGCUCAAGCCUUUCAUCUGUGCAGCCAGAUGCAGUGUCAGUGCAGCAGCAGCAGCAGCAGUACUCUCCUCAGUGUCAAUUAUCCCUCACAUCCAUGGGGAAAAGUGGUGACCUGAGCCACCAGGGCAUGAUGACCUUGUCCACAAGUCAAAUUCCGAAUCAUGAAGGAGCCACAACAUCAGUCAUUCCCCCGGCUUUCAACUCCAGUGUGCAUAGACUACAAGACCCAGAGUGCAAGGACCAGUCCUCACAAGAGGAUCAGAACAUCCUCAAGUUUUUACCCCUGGCAAAUGGAAAUCAAGCAAAGCCCUCACAUUCUUUUUCUCUACCUUGCAUGGGUGAUUUGCGGCUGCCUCGAUGCCUCUCUCCAUUGGAGUCACCUGGCUCAACAUCAAAACAUCAGCCUUUCUGUAGCGACUCAACAGACCAUAAUACUGAAAUCCAGCCCCAGCCAUCUCUCCAUGGGCCACCAUGGCUCACUGAAACCCCCACGUCACUACAAUUUCCUUUCAGUGCCAUCACUCACAAAGAAAGUACAAGUGGACCUACAUCACAAGAUACUAGCAUCAAUUGUUGGGCAAAGCGGCAGAAGAAAGACCUGAAGCUGAUUUCACAAAGUGAAAAAACCUGGGGGGACUUAUGUGAUGUGAACAAGAAAGGAACAACAUUGGCAAGUCCUCACAAUGUGACCGACAGAAAGUCUGAAGCACCUAAAAAGAGGAACAGAAAGCGCACAAGACAUCCACCAGAGGACAAUGGUUCCCUUCCCUGUAAAGAAUUGAAAGUCAGUGAUGGAAAGGAAAGUCGGUUUAACCUAAGUGUUUGUUCUGUCAGUUUGUCAAGCAACAAUGUGCUGGCCAAGGAAAGACAAAUGGCGAAUGGGUCAACAUGCAAACCAGUCACAUCUGCGGAAAAACCCAAUGAACCAUCGACUGUCAAAGAAGGUCAGCAGGAGAAAAUCAGAGGACCUCUGGGUCGGAUCAGAACUAGGAGCUCUCUGAAAGGGGCCCAAGAGACUCCAAAUAACCCAAGCCCAGAAUGCACUUCAGCAUUGAGAUCCCUGUCAAUUCCCAAACGGAAGCGUGGAAGGCCGCCUAAAAGAAAGUAUACAAAGAGGUCAGAGAGCUCUGCUGCAGUUACUGAGCAGAAUAGUGACACUGUUGAAAGAGAGCCACAAACCAACAAGGAUUUGUCAAAGGUCAAAGAGGAUGAGGAUAAAACACAGAGAAUGUUUAAAAAACGGAAAAGGAAUAGAGGUGAAGUGGAAGUAGAUCCUCCUAAGAUGACUUUAAAUGCCAAGAGCGCUGGAACUACGGAGACAGACAUUAACCAAAACAUGAACCCAGCAGGGAGGAAACCCAAACCGCCUCGGACGGUCACUCUGAAGGAGUUUCAGAAGCUUAUCAAACGACAGCACAUCAAAGCAAAGAUGUCAAAAGAAAGCCAGGACAAAGACACAAAUGUAACUUCAAAAAAAGGUGAAGGUGAAGAAAAAGCACCUGGUAGUGAACGUGAGGGGUUAACCAGAGAGACAGAAAUAGAUAAUAUCCUACCUCACAUCACUGAAGGGAUUAAAGAGUCUCACAGCAUGAACAAUGGUACAGUCGACAUAAAUGAUAAUCAGAUUUUUAACAAAUCAGCAACUGAGCUGAGCGAGUCUCAGCGGGAUGACCCGAGAAGCUCUACAGCUGAAGAGGCCAGCUGGUUUGAUGAAGAGCAAUGUUCAGUGUUUACCUUCGGUGACUUGGGAGAAGAGGUGGAAAAGUUAGCAGCCAAGAGGGAGCAGCCACUGAAGGAUCUGUGUGGAGCACAAGCCUGUGCUACAGCAGAGUCAGACGCAACACAGUGGAUCAACGGUGAUGGCUCUUCUCUAAAUGAUCCCAACCAGUGCAGCGAAGACACCAUGCAUUCAGACCACAGUCUGAACCCUCAGACCCCUCAGAGAACUGUACUGCCUCUGAUGGAUGCAGAUGGCUGUAACAGGAUAUCCGGCUGUGCUCAAGUAGGGAAGGAUGAAGAAGAGGAUGAGGAAGCAGAGGUGGACAUUCUGCUUUGCUCCCCUGACAAAGUGCCUCAGACCAGAGAUCGUGAGAAUGGACUGGAAAAUGUGGACACAAGUCCAGAGGAGGAUGAAGAGGAAGAUGUGAAGGAGAUUGAUGUGACUGGAGAUGAAACAGAGUAACCUUUUGGCCCAUGGGUAUUGUUUUUACUCUGACAAGUUCAGUAUUUAGAGUGUGUAACAUAACGCUCUGUUCUAGUUCAUGGUUGUUCACAGAGAUUCAAUGGAGAUGAUUAUGUCCCAUCUCUGUUUUUUGACAUCAGUCAGUGUCCGGUGAUGAAAGGCUAUUUACAUGGAGAAAUCACUAGCUGUGGGCUGGUUAUGACCUUCAUUUAGUUUUAUUGAAAAGUUCAAAUUGAUGUUAGUUUGCCAUUAAUAAUAUAAAAAAAGAAACCUUA